GUAAAUGCUGGGGAAGAAAAGAAGGGAGACUGCGGAAAGAAGAAGAUGAAAGAGGGGGCCGGCGAUGGAGGGCGGACGGAGCUGAAUCCCUGGCCUGCGUUUAUCAAUGAGCGUUUAGAGAUGUACAAUAAACUUAAGGCUGAACAUGAUGCGCUCCUUGCAGAAAGAGCUGCAAAUGACAGUAAACCUAUUAAAGUUACAUUACCUGAUGGCAAGCAACUUGAUGCUGAAUCUUGGAAGACUACACCUUAUCAAAUCGCUUGUGGAAUUAGUCAAGGUUUAGCUGACAACACUGUUAUUGCUAAAGUGAACAAGAUGGUUUGGGAUCUAGACCGUCCUUUGGAGGAGGAUUGCACCCUGGAGCUACUUAAGUUUGAAGAUGAAGAGGCUCAAGCAGUAUACUGGCACUCAAGUGCUCAUAUAAUGGGUGAAGCUAUGGAGCGAAUCUAUGGUGGCUGUUUGUGCUAUGGCCCACCAAUAGAAAAUGGAUUUUAUUAUGACAUGUUCCUUGAGGAAGGGGGUGUGUCAAGUAAUGACUUCUCUACUUUGGAAACCUUAUGCAAAAAGAUAAUGAAGGAAAAACAAGCUUUUGAAAGACUGGAAGUUAAGAAGGAAACACUGCUUGAAAUGUUUAAGUAUAAUAAAUUCAAGUGUCGUAUCCUGAAUGAGAAGGUCAAUACUCCAACUACAACAGUGUACAGGUGUGGUCCCUUGAUAGAUUUAUGCAGAGGGCCUCAUGUUAGACAUACUGGCAAGAUAAAGACCAUAAAAAUCCAUAAGAAUUCUUCUACCUAUUGGGAAGGCAAGGCUGAUAUGGAAUCCCUCCAGCGGAUCUAUGGAAUUUCAUUCCCAGAUGCAAAAAUGCUGAAGGAGUGGGAGAAAUUCCAGGAGGAGGCUAAAAGCAGAGAUCACAGAAAAAUUGGGCGGGACCAAGAACUGUUUUUCUUUCAUGAGCUCAGCCCUGGUAGCUGUUUUUUCAUGCCAAAAGGAGCUUACAUUUAUAACACAUUAAUUGAAUUCAUCCGGAGCGAGUAUCGAAAACGUGGAUUCCAGGAGGUUGUUACUCCAAAUGUUUUCAAUAGCAGACUAUGGAUGACUUCAGGGCACUGGCAGCAUUACAGUGACAACAUGUUUUCCUUUGAAGUUGAGAAAGAAAUCUUUGCUCUGAAGCCUAUGAACUGUCCAGGCCACUGCCUUAUGUUUGAUCAUCGCCCAAGAUCAUGGCGUGAGCUGCCAUUACGGUUGGCUGAUUUCGGUGUUCUGCAUCGCAAUGAACUGUCUGGAGCUCUCACAGGACUCACUCGAGUACGCCGGUUCCAGCAGGACGAUGCUCACAUAUUCUGUGCUAUGGAGCAGAUUGAAGAAGAGAUUAAGAGUUGUCUGGAGUUCUUGCGUGCUGUGUAUGAUGUCUUUGGAUUUUCCUUUAAACUGAACCUCUCCACUCGUCCUGAAAAGUACUUGGGAGAUAUUGAAGUGUGGAAUCAAGCUGAAAAGCAACUUGAAAACAGCCUCAAUGACUUUGGUGAGAAGUGGGAGUUAAACCCUGGUGAUGGAGCUUUCUAUGGACCUAAGAUUGACAUUCAGAUUAAAGAUGCUAUUGGCCGCUACCACCAGUCUGCUACAAUCCAGCUUGACUUCCAGCUGCCAGUCAGAUUUAACCUCACCUUUGUCAGCCAUGAUGGCAAUGACAAGACAAGACCAGUUAUCAUUCACCGGGCUAUCCUGGGAUCUGUGGAGAGAAUGAUCGCCAUUCUAACUGAAAACUAUGGAGGCAAAUGGCCGCUCUGGCUGUCCCCACAGCAGGUAAUGGUGGUACCAGUGGGACCAGCAUGUGAUGAGUAUGCUCAAAAGGUCAGGCAGCACUUCCACGAUGCCGGAUUCAUGGCAGAUGUUGAUGUAGAUCCUGGGUGCACACUGAAUAAGAAGAUCAGAAAUGCUCAGCUCGCACAGUAUAACUUCAUUCUGGUUGUUGGUGAAAAGGAGAAGGCAAGUGGAACAGUUAACAUCCGCACCCGAGAUAACAAGGUGCAUGGUGAGCGUACAAUUGCAGACACUGUGAAGAGACUGCUGGAUCUGAAACACUCUCGCUCCAGACAAGCUGAAGAGGAAUUUUAACAGCACCUGCUCUACAUGGCGUAAAAUAAGAUCCUCGUAAUUCAGUUAACCACACAGUUUUUAUGCUGAACCA